CUGUCUGAUGCGCCUUGUCCAACGAUCGACCAGCCCAGCUGGCCUGGCCUCUGGCAAUGGUCCACCCUUCCGGCAGGUACGUAGUUAGGGGCUCCAACGUAUCCUGCACGUACGAGUUGUCGGUUCCCCUUGUUAGUAGCCGAACUGGGCUUUGCGUCAUGCGAGGCACACGAGUUUGAGGGUGGGUUGUAUUACUACCCCGAGGGUUCCCUUCCUUGCGGCGGCGAGCGACGCCUUGAGGGAACGUCUUGCAGCCAACCCUUCUGCAUUCCUUCUCCUGGAAACCUGGACGACGAGCAGAUCGUCCGCGCACGUCCAACAUGUCGUCGAGCCUCGCGGCAGAGUCGUGGACGUGGUACGGGCUGACAUGGCUCGUGGUCGCGAUUCGAAUGGUGUCCCAGAUCCUCCUGCGGGGAUCGGUCAAGAAGCUGAAAGCAGAUGACGGGCUGAUGAUGUUCGCCAUGGCUACCGACACCGUCCUGAUUGUGUGCAUGAACAUCAUAUCCAACACGAACAGCAACCUCAUCGACCCGAACCAGCCCGCGACGUUUACGCCCGAAGACAUCAAGCAGCGAACGUUCGGCUCCAAGAUGGUGCUGGUAUCGGAGCAAAUGCAAAUCCUCACCAUCUGGACCAUCAAGGCAUGCCUACUGCUGAUGUAUCAUCGGCUGACGUUGAGCUUAAAGGGCAAUCUCAUCGUCAAGCUCGUCGCAGGCUACGUUGCUGUCGGCUUCGUCGUCAUGGAGAUCCUUUACCUUGGCGUCUGGUGCAGACCCUUUAAUCAAUACUGGGCCGUUCCCCCCAACAGUUCGCAAUGCUCCGCCGCCACCAACCAUCUCAUCACAAACGCGGUCCUCAACAUCUCGUCCGACCUCAUGAUCAUCAUGAUACCCAUGCCCAUCCUUCUGCAAUCCCGAAUAUCCAUAAAGAAGAAGAUUAUCCUCAUCACCGUGUUCGCGCUCGGCGGCUUCACGAUCUUAUCAGCCAUCCUCAACAAGUACUAUAGCUUCAGCCAGCCGUACGGAUCGGCCUGGACGUUCUGGUACAUUCGCGAAUCCUCGACGGCAAUCAUCGUCGCCAACCUACCCCUGACGUGGACCCUCUUCCGGCGCAUGUUCAACCUCCGCUCCUUCAACGGCGGCAGCGACUAUUCCAAGACGCGCAGCGGGCACCCCACGUCCACGGUCCGUUCCCAGGGCCAGCAGCGACGCAACCCGGGCCGCAGCUACAUCUCCGCCGGAGAGGGCCGCGACGGCAUGCACGACCUCGACCUGUCGGAGAGCCAGGAGCAAAUCACCAAGGAGAGCAACGAGUACGGCAUCUCCCUCAAGAUCUACCAGCGCCGCGACGUGCAGGUCAGGUCGGAGCCCGCGGGCGGCACCACCAGCGGCAGCAAGUCUGAUUCCAAUGAAUCGCUACCCGAAGGCCUGACGACCACCACGAUCAAGGGCGGCGGCGGCCACCGUCAAAGCUCACGGGACGUGGAAACAGCGUCAGCGCGCUCUGCGGGCGGAGGGGUGCCCGUCAACGCGGCUCCCGGCGUAUAAGAAAAGGAACAACAUGGGCAGACUUACAUACCCUGCCGCAUGACAAGCAUCAGUUGAGCGUUUGAACCAACAUUGCAUGGGCUUGCUCUUGGCGCAAGAUGGCGUCCUCAUGACUGUAUACCCCUAUAGUAAUUGCAAGUUAUUAGACUGAUUAUCAGAUUUGGCGCUUGCCGACGUGUAGAAGGG